AAAUCACCUUCCAAGACAGAGUCUGUUAUCUUUAAGACAAAUCACUGAGUGUGUUACAGUGGACAAAUUAUCGCUUGAGACUGGAUGGUUAUGACUUUGAAGAAUAAACUAAGGUUUGCCUUCUCCAAAAAUCAUGGCACCAGAAAAACCACACUCCUCACCAUAUUGUGUAUAUGGGGGGUGCUUACCUGGACUGGUGCCCAAGCGGCAAAAGAAUGGCAGAAUCCUGAAUCAUCUAACAUGGAAAAAACAAGGAUGAACAAUGAUUUCACACAAAAUAAAAAUGUAUUGAAAGAAGCCAAUACAGAAACUUCACAACGAUCUGCAGUUACACACAUUGCAAAUGUCAGAAGAGCUGGAUCUACUUCUCCUGAUAACACAGAUACAAAAAAAAUUAAAGCAACUAAAGCAUCAUUCAGUACUGCAAAAGUUACAACAGCAGUGCCUUCCAGAAAAGUCUCGACCAAGAGCUCAUCACAAGCAACAAGCAAAAGAACAACAGUGACUCCAAGAACUACUACUUCACCGAUAUCAAUUUUCACUGCUGAACUAAUAAAUACAACAACGAAAACUACUCCCUCAAAACCUAUUUCACCUACGGCCACUGUAAAGCUGGUGUUCGACUGCACAUUUCCUGUUCCAAGUGAGGGUUUGGUCUUAAAUGCUAUUGCAAAUCUGCUGAACUCUCGAUCUGCCAACAUCCCAGAUACUGUGAAGGUUCUGGGCUUCGCCUACAACAAAACUUCAGCCAACUCCUAUGAAGUUUUCUUCAUAAUCAGUGUCAGUACCAUCAUGCCAGAGAACCGUGACCUUAGGAAAAAUGUCUACAAGCAAAUCCUUGCAUCCAUCGACAACACACUAAACAGGUUAUUGAAUGAACCUGGAGCAGAACCAUUUGAACACCAUAGCUCCUUCGUCAUGAAUUUGGAAAUUGAUAUAGAGUACAGCUUUGGAUGUGGGAAUAGGAAACUACCAAUCAGCUUGAUGAAUGAACUCAGUGCUUCUGCAACAACUACAAGAAAUCCGGUGGUGACCAGCCACACACUAGUUAGGCCAUCAAGAAACACACAUUUACCUGGAGAAGCAGGCAAAAAGACAACAGUUCCUCCAACAACUUCAAGAAAUGAAAUCACACCCAGUACUAUUGUGAUUCACAUUAAAAUUGAGUUUAGGGACUUGACCACUGUACCAAGUGAGGAUGAGGUUCUUAAAGUUGUUAAUGCUGAAUGGAACCCAAACAGCAUACAGAGCAUCACCUAUGAGAAAACAAGCAACAACUCCUACAGUAUAGACUUUGCAUUCAGGAUUAGCAAUGUGAACAUUCCUGAAAACACUGAUCAGAUUAAUGAAACAUACAACACAAUACAAAACAAAAUGAACAGCCUGCUGAGUGAAAUCUUAAAUAUCUCAAAUCCUGGACACUUUACCUACCCACAAGCAAAUUUCAGUGGUAGCUCUACCACAAUUGAGGCCUUUCAAGUGUAUGUGUUUAACGGGAAUGAUAACAAGACACCAAGUGGACUCCUUAUUCAGCUACUCAUAGUCAAUGGUCAAGCACCAUUCACUGCAACUACUCCUGCUACUACUCUUCCUGCUACUCUUGGCAAAAAGCCUGGGCAUCAGUGUGUCACCCCCACAACUGCAUCAGCUGUGGUUCAAACCAGACUGGUGAUCAGCAACUCAUCUGGCAUUCCCUGUGAGAGUUUGGUCAACAGUGUCAUCAGAACUCUGUUGAACUAUCGAAGCGCAACACUUCCUGACUCUGUAACAGUGACAAACUACACCUAUGAGAAAAUUUCAGACAAUUCCUAUGCUGUCAACAUCACUUUUAACAUUAGUAGUAUCAAAAUACACGGGAACUCUGCCUGCACAAACAGCAUCUUACAAGAAGUCAAGACAACUAUAAACAGAGCAAUUAAUAAACUUCUAAAUCAUCCUAAUGUGAGACCUCUCAAAGAUUCGAGAUUCAAACUCAAUGUCUGCUCAGGAAAACUAAUUAAUGGUUACAUGGAAUACAUUUUCCAAGAUGGAACUAAAAUAACACCAGUCAGCUUCCUCGAUGAGCUUGGGAAACAGAACUAUUCAUCUUCAACAGCUUGUACAAAAAGCAAUCCACCGGCGCCCUCUGCAACACCUCCUUCUACAGUAAUUGGAUCUGUAUACAUUUAUAUUAAAGUUAUAUUUGAGAACUUGACCCAUGUACCUACUGAGGCUGAUGUUGUCAGUGCUGCUAAUGCUCUCCUGCAUGCAAACAUCAGAACAGUGAGAGCUCUUGAAACACAAACACUGAAUGAACCUAUCAGCAUAAAGAACAUCACCUAUCAGAAAACGGGAAACAACUCAUAUAAUAUAGACUUUGCAUUCAAAAUCAGCAGUGUGAGCAUGUCUGUGAUGACUGACCAGAGGAGUGCAACAUAUGACUUAAUACAGCACAAAAUCAACAAUCUGAUGAACACAAUUUUGAAUUCCCCAACUGUGGCAUCAGUUAACUUCUCACAAGCAAACUACACGAGUAACGCUACAGUAAUAGAGGCAAAUCAAACUUACAUCUAUAAGGAGGGUGAUAUCAAUUCACCUAGUGUGUUUCUUCUUAAGCUCCUCGUACUUCAUAAUCAGGCACCCCCUGCUACAGCCACAACUGGAUCAGCUAAGGUUGAAACCAGGCUGGUGUUCAACUCGUCCUCUCCUGUUCCCAGUGAGAGUUUGGUCCUCAGUGCUAUCGCAGAUCUGCUGAACUCUCGACACACAAACCUCACUGACUCUGUAACAGUGCUGAACUACACCUACGAGAAUAAAUCGGCCACCUCCUAUGCAAUCAGUUUCAUAUUCAACAUCAGUAACAUCAGCAUGCCAGAGAACCCUAACCUCAGGAACGACACCUACGACCAAGUGGAGAGUAUCAUCAAUGAUGCUCUAAACACACUCCUGAAUAGGCCUGAUGCAGAUCCAUUUGAACCCAACAAUGUCAACUUCACGAGUUCAGGAGAUAAGAUUGAUGGACACAUGAACUACACUUUCCAAGAAUCAGAUACCAAACAACCAGCCAGCUUCCUCGAUGAACUCACGAUUAUCAGUGGAACAGCUGUGGUAGAAACCAGGCUGGUGUUCAAUUCGUCCUCUCCUGUUUCCAAAGAGAGUGCCGUCCCAACGAUUAUCAAAUUGCUGAUUGAGUCUAAACUCAAUAACCGCAAUGAGAAUUUGCUCCUGAUUAUUAUGGAAGCUCUGUUGAGCUCUCCUCUCACAAACCUUGCGAAGCCUGUAAAAGUGCUGAACUACACAUAUGAGGAAAUUUCAAACACCUCCUAUGCAGUUAACAUUACAUUCAGCAUCAGCAACGUCAGCAUUCCCAAGAACCCUAACCUCAGGAACGACACCUACACCCAAGUGCAGAGCAUCAUCAAUAACGCUGUAAAUGCACUUCUAAAUGAUCGUGGUGCAGAUCCUAUUGAACCCACUACCUCCAACUUCACGAGUUCAAAGGAUCAAGUUAAUGGUUACAUGGAAUACAAUUUACUAAACGUCAUCAAUCAGCCUGUCAAUGACACAUCUGCAAAGGUUAAUCCAACUACGACUCCGGUGCAGACUUCUCCAGGAUCUCCGUCCACAACCAAUGGAUCAGCAGUGGUCUACGUCAGGCUGGUUUUCAACGACUCCAGUCCUGUUCCCAGUGCUAUUGCAGCUCUUCUGAUUUCUACACCUGUAAACCUCACUGAGACUGUAACAGUGCAGAACUGCACCUAUGACAUUAACAUUACAUUCAGCAUCAGCAACGUCAGCAUUCCCAAGAACCCUAACCUCAGGAACGACACCUACACCCAAGUGCAGAGCAUCAUCAAUAACGCUGUAAACGCACUUCUAAAUAAAUCUGGUGCAGAUCCAGUUGAACCCACUACCUCCAACUUCACGAGUUCAAAGGAUCAAGUUAAUGGUUACAUGGAAUACAAUUUACUAAACGUCAUCAAUCAGCCUGUCAAUGACACAUCUGCAGAGGUUAAUCCAACUACGACUCCGGUGCAGACUUCUCCAGGAUCUCCGUCCACAACCAAUGGAUCAGCAGUGGUCUACGUCAGGCUGGUUUUCAACAACUCCAGUCCUGUUCCCAGUGCUAUUGCAGCUCUUCUGAUUUCUACACCUGUAAACCUCACUGUGACUGUAACAGUGCAGAACUGCACCUAUGACAUUAACAUUACAUUCAGCAUCAGCAACGUCAGCAUUCCCAAGAACCCUAACCUCAGGAACGACACCUACACCCAAGUGCAGAGCAUCAUCAAUAACGCUGUAAACGCACUUCUAAAUAAAUCUGGUGCAGAUCCAGUUGAACCCACUACCUCCAACUUCACGAGUUCAGAAGAUAAAGUUAAUGGUUACAUGGAAUACAAUUUACUAAACGUCAUCAAUCAGCCUGUCAAUGACACAUCUGCAAAGGUUAAUCCAACUACGACUCCGGUGCAGACUUCUCCAGGAUCUCCGUCCACAACCAAUGGAUCAGCAGUGGUCUACGUCAGGCUGGUUUUCAACAACUCCAGUCCUGUUCCCAGUGCUAUUGCAGCUCUUCUGAUUUCUACACCUGUAAACCUCACUGAGACUGUAACAGUGCAGAACUGCACCUAUGACAUUAACAUUACAUUCAGCAUCAGCAACGUCAGCAUUCCCAAGAACCCUAACCUCAGGAACGACACCUACACCCAAGUGCAGAGCAUCAUCAAUAACGCUGUAAACGCACUUCUAAAUAAAUCUGGUGCAGAUCCAGUUGAACCCACUACCUCCAACUUCACGAGUUCAAAGGAUCAAGUUAAUGGUUACAUGGAAUACAAUUUACUAAACAUCAUCAAUCAGCCUGUCAAUGACACAUCUGCAAAGGUUAAUCCAACUAUGACUCCGGUGCAGAGUUCUCCAGGAUCUCCGUCCACAACCAAUGGAUCAGCAGUGGUCUACGUCAGGCUGGUUUUCAACGACUCCAGUCCUGUUCCCAGUGCUAUUGCAGCUCUUCUGAUUUCUACACCUGUAAACCUCACUGUGACUGUAACAGUGCAGAACUGCACCUAUGACAUUAACAUUACAUUCAGCAUCAGCAACGUCAGCAUUCCCAAGAACCCUAACCUCAGGAACGACACCUACACCCAAGUGCAGAGCAUCAUCAAUAACGCUGUAAAUGCACUUCUAAAUAAAUCUGGUGCAGAUCCAGUUGAACCCACUACCUCCAACUUCACGAGUUCAAAGGAUCAAGUUAAUGGUUACAUGGAAUACAAUUUACUAAACGUCAUCAAUCAGCCUGUCAAUGACACAUCUGCAAAGGUUAAUCCAACUAUGACUCCGGUGCAGACUUCUCCAGGAUCUCCGUCCACAACCAAUGGAUCAGCAGUGGUCUACGUCAGGCUGGUUUUCAACGACUCCAGUCCUGUUCCCAGUGCUAUUGCAGCUCUUCUGAUUUCUACACCUGUAAACCUCACUGAGACUGUAACAGUGCAGAACUGCACCUAUGACAUUAACAUUACAUUCAGCAUCAGCAACGUCAGCAUUCCCAAGAACCCUAACCUCAGGAACGACACCUACACCCAAGUGCAGAGCAUCAUCAAUAACGCUGUAAAUGCACUUCUAAAUAAAUCUGGUGCAGAUCCAGUUGAACCCACUACCUCCAACUUCACGAGUUCAAAGGAUCAAGUUAAUGGUUACAUGGAAUACAAUUUACUAAACGUCAUCAAUCAGCCUGUCAAUGACACAUCUGCAAAGGUUAAUCCAACUACGACUCCGGUGCAGACUUCUCCAGGAUCUCCGUCCACAACCAAUGGAUCAGCAGUGGUCUACGUCAGGCUGGUUUUCAACGACUCCAGUCCUGUUCCCAGUGCUAUUGCAGCUCUUCUGAUUUCUACACCUGUAAACCUCACUGUGACUGUAACAGUGCAGAACUGCACCUAUGACAUUAACAUUACAUUCAGCAUCAGCAACGUCAGCAUUCCCAAGAACCCUAACCUCAGGAAUGACACCUACACCCAAGUGCAGAGCAUCAUCAAUAACGCUGUAAACGCACUUCUAAAUAAAUCUGGUGCAGAUCCUAUUGAACCCACUACCUCCAACUUCACGAGUUCAAAGGAUCAAGUUAAUGGUUACAUGGAAUACAAUUUACUAAACGUCAUCAAUCAGCCUGUCAAUGACACAUCUGCAAAGGUUAAUCCAACUACGACUCCGGUGCAGACUUCUCCAGGAUCUCCGUCCACAACCAAUGGAUCAGCAGUGGUCUACGUCAGGCUGGUUUUCAACGACUCCAGUCCUGUUCCCAGUGCUAUUGCAGCUCUUCUGAUUUCUACACCUGUAAACCUCACUGAGACUGUAACAGUGCAGAACUGCACCUAUGACAUUAACAUUACAUUCAGCAUCAGCAACGUCAGCAUUCCCAAGAACCCUAACCUCAGGAACGACACCUACACCCAAGUGCAGAGCAUCAUCAAUAACGCUGUAAAUGCACUUCUAAAUAAAUCUGGUGCAGAUCCAGUUGAACCCACUACCUCCAACUUCACGAGUUCAAAGGAUCAAGUUAAUGGUUACAUGGAAUACAAUUUACUAAACGUCAUCAAUCAGCCUGUCAAUGACACAUCUGCAAAGGUUAAUCCAACUACGACUCCGGUGCAGACUUCUCCAGGAUCUCCGUCCACAACCAAUGGAUCAGCAGUGGUCUACGUCAGGCUGGUUUUCAACGACUCCAGUCCUGUUCCCAGUGCUAUUGCAGCUCUUCUGAUUUCUACACCUGUAAACCUCACUGAGACUGUAACAGUGCAGAACUGCACCUAUGACAUUAACAUUACAUUCAGCAUCAGCAACGUCAGCAUUCCCAAGAACCCUAACCUCAGGAACGACACCUACACCCAAGUGCAGAGCAUCAUCAAUAACGCUGUAAACGCACUUCUAAAUAAAUCUGGUGCAGAUCCUAUUGAACCCACUACCUCCAACUUCACGAGUUCAAAGGAUCAAGUUAAUGGUUACAUGGAAUACAAUUUACUAAACGUCAUCAAUCAGCCUGUCAAUGACACAUCUGCAAAGGUUAAUCCAACUACGACUCCGGUGCAGACUUCUCCAGGAUCUCCGUCCACAACCAAUGGAUCAGCAGUGGUCUACGUCAGGCUGGUUUUCAACGACUCCAGUCCUGUUCCCAGUGCUAUUGCAGCUCUUCUGAUUUCUACACCUGUAAACCUCACUGUGACUGUAACAGUGCAGAACUGCACCUAUGACAUUAACAUUACAUUCAGCAUCAGCAACGUCAGCAUUCCCAAGAACCCUAACCUCAGGAAUGACACCUACACCCAAGUGCAGAGCAUCAUCAAUAACGCUGUAAACGCACUUCUAAAUAAAUCUGGUGCAGAUCCUAUUGAACCCACUACCUCCAACUUCACGAGUUCAAAGGAUCAAGUUAAUGGUUACAUGGAAUACAAUUUACUAAACGUCAUCAAUCAGCCUGUCAAUGACACAUCUGCAAAGGUUAAUCCAACUACGACUCCGGUGCAGACUUCUCCAGGAUCUCCGUCCACAACCAAUGGAUCAGCAGUGGUCUACGUCAGGCUGGUUUUCAACGACUCCAGUCCUGUUCCCAGUGCUAUUGCAGCUCUUCUGAUUUCUACACCUGUAAACCUCACUGAGACUGUAACAGUGCAGAACUGCACCUAUGACAUUAACAUUACAUUCAGCAUCAGCAACGUCAGCAUUCCCAAGAACCCUAACCUCAGGAACGACACCUACACCCAAGUGCAGAGCAUCAUCAAUAACGCUGUAAAUGCACUUCUAAAUAAAUCUGGUGCAGAUCCAGUUGAACCCACUACCUCCAACUUCACGAGUUCAAAGGAUCAAGUUAAUGGUUACAUGGAAUACAAUUUACUAAACGUCAUCAAUCAGCCUGUCAAUGACACAUCUGCAAAGGUUAAUCCAACUACGACUCCGGUGCAGACUUCUCCAGGAUCUCCGUCCACAACCAAUGGAUCAGCAGUGGUCUACGUCAGGCUGGUUUUCAACGACUCCAGUCCUGUUCCCAGUGCUAUUGCAGCUCUUCUGAUUUCUACACCUGUAAACCUCACUGAGACUGUAACAGUGCAGAACUGCACCUAUGACAUUAACAUUACAUUCAGCAUCAGCAACGUCAGCAUUCCCAAGAACCCUAACCUCAGGAAUGACACCUACACCCAAGUGCAGAGCAUCAUCAAUAACGCUGUAAACGCACUUCUAAAUAAAUCUGGUGCAGAUCCUAUUGAACCCACUACCUCCAACUUCACGAGUUCAAAGGAUCAAGUUAAUGGUUACAUGGAAUACAAUUUACUAAACGUCAUCAAUCAGCCUGUCAAUGACACAUCUGCAAAGGUUAAUCCAACUACGACUCCGGUGCAGACUUCUCCAGGAUCUCCGUCCACAACCAAUGGAUCAGCAGUGGUCUACGUCAGGCUGGUUUUCAACGACUCCAGUCCUGUUCCCAGUGCUAUUGCAGCUCUUCUGAUUUCUACACCUGUAAACCUCACUGAGACUGUAACAGUGCAGAACUGCACCUAUGACAUUAACAUUACAUUCAGCAUCAGCAACGUCAGCAUUCCCAAGAACCCUAACCUCAGGAACGACACCUACACCCAAGUGCAGAGCAUCAUCAAUAACGCUGUAAAUGCACUUCUAAAUAAAUCUGGUGCAGAUCCAGUUGAACCCACUACCUCCAACUUCACGAGUUCAAAGGAUCAAGUUAAUGGUUACAUGGAAUACAAUUUACUAAACGUCAUCAAUCAGCCUGUCAAUGACACAUCUGCAAAGGUUAAUCCAACUACGACUCCGGUGCAGACUUCUCCAGGAUCUCCGUCCACAACCAAUGGAUCAGCAGUGGUCUACGUCAGGCUGGUUUUCAACGACUCCAGUCCUGUUCCCAGUGCUAUUGCAGCUCUUCUGAUUUCUACACCUGUAAACCUCACUGAGACUGUAACAGUGCAGAACUGCACCUAUGACAAAAUUUCAAACACCUCCUAUGCAGUUAACAUUACAUUCAGCAUCAGCAACGUCAGCAUUCCCAAGAACCCUAACCUCAGGAACGACACCUACACCCAAGUGCAGAGCAUCAUCAAUAACGCUGUAAACGCACUUCUAAAUAAAUCUGGUGCAGAUCCUAUUGAACCCACUACCUCCAACUUCACGAGUUCAAAGGAUCAAGUUAAUGGUUACAUGGAAUACAAUUUACUAAACGUCAUCAAUCAGCCUGUCAAUGACACAUCUGCAAAGGUUAAUCCAACUACGACUCCGGUGCAGACUUCUCCAGGAUCUCCGUCCACAACGUACGACAAUGGAUCAGCAGUGGUCUACGUCAGGCUGGUUUUCAACGACUCCAGUCCUGUUCCCAGUGCUAUUGCAGCUCUUCUGAUUUCUACACCUGUAAACCUCACUGUGACUGUAACAGUGCAGAACUGCACCUAUGACAAAAUUUCAAACACCUCCUAUGCAGUUAACAUUACAUUCAGCAUCAGCAACGUCAGCAUUCCCAAGAACCCUAACCUCAGGAAUGACACCUACACCCAAGUGCAGAGCAUCAUCAAUAACGCUGUAAACGCACUUCUAAAUAAAUCUGGUGCAGAUCCUAUUGAACCCACUACCUCCAACUUCACGAGUUCAAAGGAUCAAGUUAAUGGUUACAUGGAAUACAAUUUACUAAACGUCAUCAAUCAGCCUGUCAAUGACACAUCUGCAAAGGUUAAUCCAACUACGACUCCGGUGCAGACUUCUCCAGGAUCUCCGUCCACAACGUACGACAAUGGAUCAGCAGUGGUCUACGUCAGGCUGGUUUUCAACGACUCCAGUCCUGUUCCCAGUGCUAUUGCAGCUCUUCUGAUUUCUACACCUGUAAACCUCACUGAGACUGUAACAGUGCAGAACUGCACCUAUGACAAAAUUUCAAACACCUCCUAUGCAGUUAACAUUACAUUCAGCAUCAGCAACGUCAGCAUUCCCAAGAACCCUAACCUCAGGAACGACACCUACACCCAAGUGCAGAGCAUCAUCAAUAACGCUGUAAAUGCACUUCUAAAUAAAUCUGGUGCAGAUCCAGUUGAACCCACUACCUCCAACUUCACGAGUUCAAAGGAUCAAGUUAAUGGUUACAUGGAAUACAAUUUACUAAACGUCAUCAAUCAGCCUGUCAAUGACACAUCUGCAAAGGUUAAUCCAACUACGACUCCGGUGCAGACUUCUCCAGGAUCUCCGUCCACAACGUACGACAAUGGAUCAGCAGUGGUCUACGUCAGGCUGGUUUUCAACGACUCCAGUCCUGUUCCCAGUGCUAUUGCAGCUCUUCUGAUUUCUACACCUGUAAACCUCACUGAGACUGUAACAGUGCAGAACUGCACCUAUGACAAAAUUUCAAACACCUCCUAUGCAGUUAACAUUACAUUCAGCAUCAGCAACGUCAGCAUUCCCAAGAACCCUAACCUCAGGAACGACACCUACACCCAAGUGCAGAGCAUCAUCAAUAACGCUGUGAGUGUAAACGCACUUCUAAAUAAAUCUGGUGCAGAUCCAGUUGAACCCACUACCUCCAACUUCACGAGUUCAAAGGAUCAAGUUAAUGGUUACAUGGAAUACAAUUUACUAAACGUCAUCAAUCAGCCUGUCAAUGACACAUCUGCAAAGGUUAAUCCAACUACGACUCCGGUGCAGACUUCUCCAGGAUCUCCGUCCACAACGUACGACAAUGGAUCAGCAGUGGUCUACGUCAGGCUGGUUUUCAACGACUCCAGUCCUGUUCCCAGUGCUAUUGCAGCUCUUCUGAUUUCUACACCUGUAAACCUCACUGAGACUGUAACAGUGCAGAACUGCACCUAUGACAAAAUUUCAAACACCUCCUAUGCAGUUAACAUUACAUUCAGCAUCAGCAACGUCAGCAUUCCCAAGAACCCUAACCUCAGGAACGACACCUACACCCAAGUGCAGAGCAUCAUCAAUAACGCUGUAAACGCACUUCUAAAUAAAUCUGGUGCAGAUCCAGUUGAACCCACUACCUCCAACUUCACGAGUUCAAAGGAUCAAGUUAAUGGUUACAUGGAAUACAAUUUACUAAACGUCAUCAAUCAGCCUGUCAAUGACACAUCUGCAAAGGUUAAUCCAACUACGACUCCAGUGCAGACUUCUCCAGGAUCUCCGUCCACAACGUACGACAAUGGAUCAGCAGUGGUCUACGUCAGGCUGGUUUUCAACGACUCCAGUCCUGUUCCCAGUGCUAUUGCAGCUCUUCUGAUUUCUACACCUGUAAACCUCACUGUGACUGUAACAGUGCAGAACUGCACCUAUGACAAAAUUUCAAACACCUCCUAUGCAGUUAACAUUACAUUCAGCAUCAGCAACGUCAGCAUUCCCAAGAACCCUAACCUCAGGAACGACACCUACACCCAAGUGCAGAGCAUCAUCAAUAACGCUGUAAACGCACUUCUAAAUAAAUCUGGUGCAGAUCCAGUUGAACCCACUACCUCCAACUUCACGAGUUCAAAGGAUCAAGUUAAUGGUUACAUGGAAUACAAUUUACUAAACGUCAUCAAUCAGCCUGUCAAUGACACAUCUGCAAAGGUUAAUCCAACUACGACUCCAGUGCAGACUUCUCCAGGAUCUCCGUCCACAACGUACGACAAUGGAUCAGCAGUGGUCUACGUCAGGCUGGUUUUCAACGACUCCAGUCCUGUUCCCAGUGCUAUUGCAGCUCUUCUGAUUUCUACACCUGUAAACCUCACUGUGACUGUAACAGUGCAGAACUGCACCUAUGACAAAAUUUCAAACACCUCCUAUGCAGUUAACAUUACAUUCAGCAUCAGCAACGUCAGCAUUCCCAAGAACCCUAACCUCAGGAACGACACCUACACCCAAGUGCAGAGCAUCAUCAAUAACGCUGUAAACGCACUUCUAAAUAAAUCUGGUGCAGAUCCAGUUGAACCCACUACCUCCAACUUCACGAGUUCAGAAGAUAAAGUUAAUGGUUACAUGGAAUACAAUUUACUAAACGUCAUCAAUCAGCCUGUCAAUGACACAUCUGCAAAGGUUAAUCCAACUACGACUCCGGUGCAGACUUCUCCAGGAUCUCCGUCCACAACGUACGACAAUGGAUCAGCAGUGGUCUACGUCAGGCUGGUUUUCAACGACUCCAGUCCUGUUCCCAGUGCUAUUGCAGCUCUUCUGAUUUCUACACCUGUAAACCUCACUGAGACUGUAACAGUGCAGAACUGCACCUAUGACAAAAUUUCAAACACCUCCUAUGCAGUUAACAUUACAUUCAGCAUCAGCAACGUCAGCAUUCCCAAGAACCCUAACCUCAGGAACGACACCUACACCCAAGUGCAGAGCAUCAUCAAUAACGCUGUAAACGCACUUCUAAAUAAAUCUGGUGCAGAUCCAGUUGAACCCACUACCUCCAACUUCACGAGUUCAGAAGAUCAAGUUAAUGGUUACAUGGAAUACAAUUUACUAAACGUCAUCAAUCAGCCUGUCAAUGACACAUCUGCAAAGGUUAAUCCAACUACGACUCCGGUGCAGACUUCUCCAGGAUCUCCGUCCACAACGUACGACAAUGGAUCAGCAGUGGUCUACGUCAGGCUGGUUUUCAACGACUCCAGUCCUGUUCCCAGUGCUAUUGCAGCUCUUCUGAUUUCUACACCUGUAAACCUCACUGAGACUGUAACAGUGCAGAACUGCACCUAUGACAAAAUUUCAAACACCUCCUAUGCAGUUAACAUUACAUUCAGCAUCAGCAACGUCAGCAUUCCCAAGAACCCUAACCUCAGGAACGACACCUACACCCAAGUGCAGAGCAUCAUCAAUAACGCUGUAAACGCACUUCUAAAUAAAUCUGGUGCAGAUCCUAUUGAACCCACUACCUCCAACUUCACGAGUUCAAAGGAUCAAGUUAAUGGUUACAUGGAAUACAAUUUACUAAACGUCAUCAAUCAGCCUGUCAAUGACACAUCUGCAAAGGUUAAUCCAACUACGACUCCGGUGCAGACUUCUCCAGGAUCUCCGACCACAACGUACGACAAUGGAUCAGCAGUGGUCUACGUCAGGCUGGUUUUCAACGACUCCAGUCCUGUUCCCAGUGCUAUUGCAGCUCUUCUGAUUUCUACACCUGUAAACCUCACUGAGACUGUAACAGUGCAGAACUGCACCUAUGACAAAAUUUCAAACACCUCCUAUGCAGUUAACAUUACAUUCAGCAUCAGCAACGUCAGCAUUCCCAAGAACCCUAACCUCAGGAACGACACCUACACCCAAGUGCAGAGCAUCAUCAAUAACGCUGUAAACGCACUUCUAAAUAAAUCUGGUGCAGAUCCUAUUGAACCCACUACCUCCAACUUCACGAGUUCAAAGGAUCAAGUUAAUGGUUACAUGGAAUACAAUUUACUAAACGUCAUCAAUCAGCCUGUCAAUGACACAUCUGCAAAGGUUAAUCCAACUACGACUCCGGUGCAGACUUCUCCAGGAUCUCCGUCCACAACGUACGACAAUGGAUCAGCAGUGGUCUACGUCAGGCUGGUUUUCAACGACUCCAGUCCUGUUCCCAGUGCUAUUGCAGCUCUUCUGAUUUCUACACCUGUAAACCUCACUGUGACUGUAACAGUGCAGAACUGCACCUAUGACAAAAUUUCAAACACCUCCUAUGCAGUUAACAUUACAUUCAGCAUCAGCAACGUCAGCAUUCCCAAGAACCCUAACCUCAGGAAUGACACCUACACCCAAGUGCAGAGCAUCAUCAAUAACGCUGUAAACGCACUUCUAAAUAAAUCUGGUGCAGAUCCUAUUGAACCCACUACCUCCAACUUCACGAGUUCAAAGGAUCAAGUUAAUGGUUACAUGGAAUACAAUUUACUAAACGUCAUCAAUCAGCCUGUCAAUGACACAUCUGCAAAGGUUAAUCCAACUACGACUCCGGUGCAGACUUCUCCAGGAUCUCCGUCCACAACGUACGACAAUGGAUCAGCAGUGGUCUACGUCAGGCUGGUUUUCAACGACUCCAGUCCUGUUCCCAGUGCUAUUGCAGCUCUUCUGAUUUCUACACCUGUAAACCUCACUGAGACUGUAACAGUGCAGAACUGCACCUAUGACAAAAUUUCAAACACCUCCUAUGCAGUUAACAUUACAUUCAGCAUCAGCAACGUCAGCAUUCCCAAGAACCCUAACCUCAGGAACGACACCUACACCCAAGUGCAGAGCAUCAUCAAUAACGCUGUGAGUGUAAAUGCACUUCUAAAUAAAUCUGGUGCAGAUCCAGUUGAACCCACUACCUCCAACUUCACGAGUUCAAAGGAUCAAGUUAAUGGUUACAUGGAAUACAAUUUACUAAACGUCAUCAAUCAGCCUGUCAAUGACACAUCUGCAAAGGUUAAUCCAACUACGACUCCGGUGCAGAGUUCUCCAGGAUCUCCGUCCACAACGUACGACAAUGGAUCAGCAGUGGUCUACGUCAGGCUGGUUUUCAACGACUCCAGUCCUGUUCCCAGUGCUAUUGCAGCUCUUCUGAUUUCUACACCUGUAAACCUCACUGAGACUGUAACAGUGCAGAACUGCACCUAUGACAAAAUUUCAAACACCUCCUAUGCAGUUAACAUUACAUUCAGCAUCAGCAACGUCAGCAUUCCCAAGAACCCUAACCUCAGGAACGACACCUACACCCAAGUGCAGAGCAUCAUCAAUAACGCUGUGAGUGUAAACGCACUUCUAAAUAAAUCUGGUGCAGAUCCAGUUGAACCCACUACCUCCAACUUCACGAGUUCAAAGGAUCAAGUUAAUGGUUACAUGGAAUACAAUUUACUAAACGUCAUCAAUCAGCCUGUCAAUGACACAUCUGCAAAGGUUAAUCCAACUACGACUCCGGUGCAGACUUCUCCAGGAUCUCCGUCCACAACGUACGACAAUGGAUCAGCAGUGGUCUACGUCAGGCUGGUUUUCAACGACUCCAGUCCUGUUCCCAGUGCUAUUGCAGCUCUUCUGAUUUCUACACCUGUAAACCUCACUGAGACUGUAACAGUGCAGAACUGCACCUAUGACAAAAUUUCAAACACCUCCUAUGCAGUUAACAUUACAUUCAGCAUCAGCAACGUCAGCAUUCCCAAGAACCCUAACCUCAGGAACGACACCUACACCCAAGUGCAGAGCAUCAUCAAUAACGCUGUAAACGCACUUCUAAAUAAAUCUGGUGCAGAUCCAGUUGAACCCACUACCUCCAACUUCACGAGUUCAGAAGAUAAAGUUAAUGGUUACAUGGAAUACAAUUUACUAAACGUCAUCAAUCAGCCUGUCAAUGACACAUCUGCAAAGGUUAAUCCAACUACGACUCCGGUGCAGACUUCUCCAGGAUCUCCGUCCACAACAUACGACAAUGGAUCAGCAGUGGUCUACGUCAGGCUGGUUUUCAACGACUCCAGUCCUGUUCCCAGUGCUAUUGCAGCUCUUCUGAUUUCUACACCUGUAAACCUCACUGAGACUGUAACAGUGCAGAACUGCACCUAUGACAAAAUUUCAAACACCUCCUAUGCAGUUAACAUUACAUUCAGCAUCAGCAACGUCAGCAUUCCCAAGAACCCUAACCUCAGGAACGACACCUACACCCAAGUGCAGAGCAUCAUCAAUAACGCUGUGAGUGUAAACGCACUUCUAAAUAAAUCUGGUGCAGAUCCAGUUGAACCCACUACCUCCAACUUCACGAGUUCAGAAGAUCAAGUUAAUGGUUACAUGGAAUACAAUUUACUAAACGUCAUCAAUCAGCCUGUCAAUGACACAUCUGCAAAGGUUAAUCCAACUACGACUCCGGUGCAGACUUCUCCAGGAUCUCCGUCCACAACGUACGACAAUGGAUCAGCAGUGGUCUACGUCAGGCUGGUUUUCAACGACUCCAGUCCUGUUCCCAGUGCUAUUGCAGCUCUUCUGAUUUCUACACCUGUAAACCUCACUGAGACUGUAACAGUGCAGAACUGCACCUAUGACAAAAUUUCAAACACCUCCUAUGCAGUUAACAUUACAUUCAGCAUCAGCAACGUCAGCAUUCCCAAGAACCCUAACCUCAGGAACGACACCUACACCCAAGUGCAGAGCAUCAUCAAUAACGCUGUAAACGCACUUCUAAAUAAAUCUGGUGCAGAUCCUAUUGAACCCACUACCUCCAACUUCACGAGUUCAAAGGAUCAAGUUAAUGGUUACAUGGAAUACAAUUUACUAAACGUCAUCAAUCAGCCUGUCAAUGACACAUCUGCAAAGGUUAAUCCAACUACGACUCCGGUGCAGACUUCUCCAGGAUCUCCGACCACAACGUACGACAAUGGAUCAGCAGUGGUCUACGUCAGGCUGGUUUUCAACGACUCCAGUCCUGUUCCCAGUGCUAUUGCAGCUCUUCUGAUUUCUACACCUGUAAACCUCACUGAGACUGUAACAGUGCAGAACUGCACCUAUGACAAAAUUUCAAACACCUCCUAUGCAGUUAACAUUACAUUCAGCAUCAGCAACGUCAGCAUUCCCAAGAACCCUAACCUCAGGAACGACACCUACACCCAAGUGCAGAGCAUCAUCAAUAACGCUGUGAGUGUAAACGCACUUCUAAAUAAAUCUGGUGCAGAUCCAGUUGAACCCACUACCUCCAACUUCACGAGUUCAGAAGAUCAAGUUAAUGGUUACAUGGAAUACAAUUUACUAAACGUCAUCAAUCAGCCUGUCAAUGACACAUCUGCAAAGGUUAAUCCAACUACGACUCCAGUGCAGACUUCUCCAGGAUCUCCGUCCACAACGUACGACAAUGGAUCAGCAGUGGUCUACGUCAGGCUGGUUUUCAACGACUCCAGUCCUGUUCCCAGUGCUAUUGCAGCUCUUCUGAUUUCUACACCUGUAAACCUCACUGAGACUGUAACAGUGCAGAACUGCACCUAUGACAAAAUUUCAAACACCUCCUAUGCAGUUAACAUUACAUUCAGCAUCAGCAACGUCAGCAUUCCCAAGAACCCUAACCUCAGGAACGACACCUACACCCAAGUGCAGAGCAUCAUCAAUAACGCUGUAAACGCACUUCUAAAUAAAUCUGGUGCAGAUCCAGUUGAACCCACUACCUCCAACUUCACGAGUUCAAAGGAUCAAGUUAAUGGUUACAUGGAAUACAAUUUACUAAACGUCAUCAAUCAGCCUGUCAAUGACACAUCUGCAAAGGUUAAUCCAACUACGACUCCGGUGCAGACUUCUCCAGGAUCUCCGUCCACAACGUACGACAAUGGAUCAGCAGUGGUCUACGUCAGGCUGGUUUUCAACGACUCCAGUCCUGUUCCCAGUGCUAUUGCAGCUCUUCUGAUUUCUACACCUGUAAACCUCACUGAGACUGUAACAGUGCAGAACUGCACCUAUGACAAAAUUUCAAACACCUCCUAUGCAGUUAACAUUACAUUCAGCAUCAGCAACGUCAGCAUUCCCAAGAACCCUAACCUCAGGAACGACACCUACACCCAAGUGCAGAGCAUCAUCAAUAACGCUGUAAACGCACUUCUAAAUAAAUCUGGUGCAGAUCCAGUUGAACCCACUACCUCCAACUUCACGAGUUCAGAAGAUAAAGUUAAUGGUUACAUGGAAUACAAUUUACUAAACGUCAUCAAUCAGCCUGUCAAUGACACAUCUGCAAAGGUUAAUCCAACUACGACUCCGGUGCAGACUUCUCCAGGAUCUCCGACCACAACGUACGACAAUGGAUCAGCAGUGGUCUACGUCAGGCUGGUUUUCAACGACUCCAGUCCUGUUCCCAGUGCUAUUGCAGCUCUUCUGAUUUCUACACCUGUAAACCUCACUGAGACUGUAACAGUGCAGAACUGCACCUAUGACAAAAUUUCAAACACCUCCUAUGCAGUUAACAUUACAUUCAGCAUCAGCAACGUCAGCAUUCCCAAGAACCCUAACCUCAGGAACGACUCCUACACCCAAGUGCAGAGCAUCAUCAAUAACGCUGUAAACGCACUUCUAAAUAAAUCUGGUGCAGAUCCAGUUGAACCCACUACCUCCAACUUCACGAGUUCAAAGGAUCAAGUUAAUGGUUACAUGGAAUACAAUUUACUAAACGUCAUCAAUCAGCCUGUCAAUGACACAUCUGCAAAGGUUAAUCCAACUACGACUCCGGUGCAGACUUCUCCAGGAUCUCCGUCCACAACCAAUGGAUCAGCAGUGGUCUACGUCAGGCUGGUUUUCAACAACUCCAGUCCUGUUCCCAGUGCUAUUGCAGCUCUUCUGAUUUCUACACCUGUAAACCUCACUGAGACUGUAACAGUGCAGAACUGCACCUAUGACAUUAACAUUACAUUCAGCAUCAGCAACGUCAGCAUUCCCAAGAACCCUAACCUCAGGAACGACACCUACACCCAAGUGCAGAGCAUCAUCAAUAACGCUGUAAACGCACUUCUAAAUAAAUCUGGUGCAGAUCCUAUUGAACCCACUACCUCCAACUUCACGAGUUCAGAAGAUCAAGUUAAUGGUUACAUGGAAUACAAUUUACUAAACGUCAUCAAUCAGCCUGUCAAUGACACAUCUGCAAAGGUUAAUCCAACUACGACUCCGGUGCAGACUUCUCCAGGAUCUCCGUCCACAACCAAUGGAUCAGCAGUGGUCUACGUCAGGCUGGUUUUCAACGACUCCAGUCCUGUUCCCAGUGCUAUUGCAGCUCUUCUGAUUUCUACACCUGUAAACCUCACUGAGACUGUAACAGUGCAGAACUGCACCUAUGACAUUAACAUUACAUUCAGCAUCAGCAACGUCAGCAUUCCCAAGAACCCUAACCUCAGGAACGACACCUACACCCAAGUGCAGAGCAUCAUCAAUAACGCUGUAAACGCACUUCUAAAUAAAUCUGGUGCAGAUCCAGUUGAACCCACUACCUCCAACUUCACGAGUUCAGAAGAUCAAGUUAAUGGUUACAUGGAAUACAAUUUACUAAACAUCAUCAAUCAGCCUGUCAAUGACACAUCUGCAAAGGUUAAUCCAACUACGACUCCGGUGCAGACUUCUCCAGGAUCUCCGUCCACAACCAAUGGAUCAGCAGUGGUCUACGUCAGGCUGGUUUUCAACGACUCCAGUCCUGUUCCCAGUGCUAUUGCAGCUCUUCUGAUUUCUACACCUGUAAACCUCACUGAGACUGUAACAGUGCAGAACUGCACCUAUGACAAAAUUUCAAACACCUCCUAUGCAGUUAACAUUACAUUCAGCAUCAGCAACGUCAGCAUUCCCAAGAACCCUAACCUCAGGAACGACACCUACACCCAAGUGCAGAGCAUCAUCAAUAACGCUGUAAACGCACUUCUAAAUAAAUCUGGUGCAGAUCCAGUUGAACCCACUACCUCCAACUUCACGAGUUCAGAAGAUCAAGUUAAUGGUUACAUGGAAUACAAUUUACUAAACGUCAUCAAUCAGCCUGUCAAUGACACAUCUGCAAAGGUUAAUCCAACUACGACUCCGGUGCAGACUUCUCCAGGAUCUCCGUCCACGACCAAUGGAUCAGCAGUGGUCUACGUCAGGCUGGUUUUCAACGACUCCAGUCCUGUUCCCAGUGCUAUUGCAGCUCUUCUGAUUUCUACACCUGUAAACCUCACUGAGACUGUAACAGUGCAGAACUGCACCUAUGACAAAAUUUCAAACACCUCCUAUGCAGUUAACAUUACAUUCAGCAUCAGCAACGUCAGCAUUCCCAAGAACCCUAACCUCAGGAACGACACCUACACCCAAGUGCAGAGCAUCAUCAAUAACGCUGUAAACACACUUCUAAAUGGAACUGAUGCAAAAACUUUUGCACCCAACACCUCAAACUUCUUGAGCUCAGGAAGUCAAGUUAUUGGUUAUAUGGAAUAUAAUUUCCAAUAUGGAGCACUUGGGAAAGACAGUGGUCCAUCUGUAAAAGAUCCACCAAUAAUAAACACUGUGGCAAACACUACAGGAUCUGCCAACACAAGACUCCUAACUGUGUACAUUUAUAUUAGAUUGGUAUUCACUAACUUGAUCAAUGUACCUACCGAGGCUGCGGUUCUCAAAGCCGCUAGUGAAAAGCUGGAAUCAAAGAUCAGAAGAGAGCGUGAUAUUGCAAUACAGAAACUGAAUGAACCUGUCAUCGUACAGAACAUAACCUAUACAAAAACGGGCAGCAACUCAUUCACUUUGGAAAUGGCAUUCAGGAUCAGCGAUGUUAAUGCAUCUGCUCAAUGUGAUGCAAAUUUUAACAACCACACCUAUGGCUUAAUACAAGAAGAAAUCAACAUCCUGAUGAAUACAAUCCUGACUAGGCCACAGAGCACACAGUUUACCUUCCCACAGGCAAACUUCACGUGUAAUCUCACUGGAAAUGUGAUCAUGGCUAAUGAAGUAUAUGUCUUCAGAGAGAGUGAUAUUCAGUCACCAAGUAACUUUCUUUAUGAAAUACUCAAAGAAAGUGGUCUGGUGUACUAUACAUUUCCUCCUCUUGUGACUAUUCAGCCCACCACAAAACCUGGAAACAGCACGUACACAGGGGCUGCAUGGAUCCUGGGCUUCGUUAUCCCCUGUGGUAUAGUCCUCAUUCUUCUGCCAUGUUGGAUUCUACUCUGUUGUAUUCUUUGUGGAUGCUGUGCAGGAAUUAGAAGACGCUGGCGUAGGCGACGGUCAUACAAUGUUCAGUAUCAAACUCACAGCAGCCUCUUCUAAAGCACAACAUGCAAUACAUUCUCAACUAUAGUUAUCAAUUUACAGUGUCUGUCUUGAUGUACAAAAGCAGAAAUACUCUUCCAUACUACAUAGAGAUAAUUUAGUGAAAAUUAAAUCUGUAAACAUGUUAAUUCUUUGAAGUAUCUCUAAUCAUUUAAAGCUUUCUACCAUGUAUUACAUCCUGUACCUGUAUUGCUGGACCUAUACAGGAUAUAUAUGAAAUUAAUGAAAUACAACAUAAUUUAAGAAUAUGCAAUAUCAUGAAAUUUUUUAUUUAUUUUUCUAAUUUAUUUUCUAAUCGUAUUUUAUGUUAAUUUAUUAAAUUAUUACUCAAAUAAAAAAUCAGUACUCUACAUUUCAUUUCAAAUAGAGGGAUAUAUGUUAUUUCUGUAAAACUGUAUUUAUUUACAUAUGCACUUUAUCAGUAUAUCAAGUAACCACUGUGCCAUAUGUUAUAUUAUGUGCUUCUUGUUAUGCUAUGUCAUAUCAACGCCUUUGAAGCACUAUUCUCCUCAUAUUAUUAAAAUAAUUAGUUACUUCAA